UGCAUGCGAUGGUGACAGACACACACACUCCUCUUCUAGCAGAAUCUUCACCCUCUUUUUGAUCAUCCAACAGGUCAUUAUGUGCACCAACGGCUCCGCUGACUGUCACAGCAACAUCACCGGACUCACUGACGUCUUCCGGGUGUGCAUGUACUCCUUUAUUUUCGUUGUGGGUCUCGUUUUUAAUGUUCUGGCAUUGGUCUUUUUCUGCUGUCAAACCAAAUCCAGAUCGCAAACCAUUGUCUACAUGACUAACCUGGCCGUAGCAGAUGUGUUGCUCACCCUCACACUGCCCAUGAGGAUCUACUACCAUCUGGGCUAUCCUGUCCAUCGUCAGUGGCUGUGUGAAGUCCUUGGUUUGGUCCUGAAGGCCAACAUGUAUGGCAGCAUCUUCCUUCUCACGUGCAUAUGCUUUGACCGUUGCAUGGCCGUCUCCUUCCCUAUGUCAUCUCGUGUCCAGGCAGGGAGAAAGAAAGCGCCGCUGGUUUGUCUUGCAAUAUGGAUGCUCACCUUUGGGGCCAGCUUGCCUAUCUACCUUUUCCAGCGCAAGACAAGAAACAUAAUCCCUCAAGAUUGUUUUGAUAGCCUUCCGGUCUUUGCCACAAAACCAUUGGUAGUUAUACCCACUCUAUUUGUGGGGUUUGGGAUCCCGCUUGUAAUCAUGCUUAUCUGUUCCUGGGGUUUGGCCCGUGCUGUCCGACAAAGCUCAGUGGCCCAGACCAACCUGGUGGACAGCAGAAAGAUCCAAAGGAUGAUUGCCACCAGCCUCUUCAUUUUCCUACUCAGCUUCCUCCCUUACCACGCUACACUGGGUCUCCUUUCUGUGUAUGCAGAAAAUACACCAUACCCCAUGCAGGCUGCAUACCGCUACAGCCUAGUGUUGGCAUGUCUCAACUCAGUGCUGGAUCCUAUUGCGUACUACUUCACUACGGACACCUUCAGGAAUAAAUUAAACAUAAGUGCUUUUUGGGGGAUGUUUCCUUUAAAUAGUCAAAGUUCUGAUGUAAACAACAGGAGCAGAAUGCUUAGCAGCUAAAAUCAGCUGUCUUUUAGCUGUUAGGCAUUCUGCUUCUCAUCCGAACUUGAGAACCCGACUGCCAG